AUGCCGCCAGCAAUUGAAAGAACUAUUUAUACUGAAGAAGAAGAACUCUUAUCGAACGAUGAGAUACUGAAUGAACCACCACCUCCUUAUUCAGAAUACCCGCUUGUAACUAACAGUGUAGUUCAAAAUAGACAUCAAGCUGUUAAUUCUUCAAAUAAUUAUGGCCAGCAAAUUCCACUAUCAUCAUCAAUUGCAGUUUCAAAUAAUAAUCCUUUUUUUCAAAUAUUCAAUUCAACUAUAUCUCAACCACUCUCAUCGACAUCUUCAUCGCUAUCAUUAAAUAGAAUGUCUGGAAGACAUGGGGCGAGAAUGAACUUUUUGCAAGGAGGAGAUAUAACAUCUAGGUUUCAACAAGAAUUAGAUGAGGAUGAUUCUUGUUGUUUUGCACCUUGUGAAUUAAAAACAUGGGGUCGUAUUGGUAAGGUUAAUCGCUUUUUAUAUAGUGGUUUUUUGAUUGACUUGACUCAAGAAAAACUCACUUUGACACUUUUUACCUUUCGUAUAGAACUCGCAACCCAAAGUUUUUUUGGAGGACAACCAAAAUUUUACCAUGAGAAUAGAUAUUAUCAAAUUUAUUAUCCACCAGUAUUUUGUUUAGAUAAUUCAAUAAUCAUUAAUUCCAUUUCAUCAUCAUCAACAACUAAUAAUAAUUAUUCAUUUUAUUCAUUAGUAUCAAAUUUUCUUAAAUCAACAUUGAAUUACAUUGCAGAUGAAUAUACAUGGAGAUCAAUAGUUAAGGAUCUCCAUCCAGAUUUUAUGUAUGACUCAAAUAAUCAAAGGGAGGAAAAACCAGCAGUAACAGUGCAAAAAAACGAGAUUUCUGCGAUCGAUAUUGGUAUGGAACUGUGA